CUUUUACUAACUUCCGCUAUAGCUUUCCAUCUCCCAUUCGUGCUUAUUGCCUUCUCUUCUUUUUUCUCUCUCUCCUCAUACUUUUUAGUCACUGUAUUUGCAGGCUUACCUGCUAUCUGUCUCCUCCUUCUAGGGUUUAAUUUUCUCUCUACAAAAGAAAAAAAUUCAAACUCUAAUAGCUGCCAUAUGCUCUUACGAGAAUCAAGGUACAUAGCUUGAAAGACUUUGCACUACCGAAAGGAAAAUUAAGGUUUUUUCAUGUUGGUUUGAUGUAAAAGACAUGUUUCCCGGAACUUUGCAGGUGGAAUGUCGGAUACCCUUUAAAAGGUAGCACACAGGAAAGUGUUCAGAAGCAACCAAUUAAAUGGCUUCUUCCAGCAGCUAUUCUAAUCCCCCAUGUGCAGCUUGCAAAUUCUUGAGAAGAAAAUGUUUGCCAGGUUGCAUUUUUGCUCCCUAUUUUCCUCCAGAAGAACCAACAAAAUUCGCCAACGUACACAAAAUAUUUGGUGCUAGCAACGUAAGUAAACUCCUCAACGAAAUUCAACCUCACCAGAGAGAAGACGCAGUUAAUUCUCUUGCUUAUGAAGCUGAAGCACGUAUGAAAGAUCCAGUUUAUGGCUGUGUUGGAGCCAUCUCAGUUCUACAAAGACAAGUUAUAGGCCUUCAGAAAGAACUCGAUGCUACGAAUGCUGAUUUAAUGCGAUAUGCCAAUCGUGAAGUUAAUAGUUCAUAUGCGUAUAAUAGUCAAAUGGUGAAUCAACAAAGGAAUUUGAAUUAUGAGAGAAGAUCAAUGGGUUCUGCUGGAGGAACUACUGGAAUUGAUCAAACUAAUUAUGGGUUUUGUAUUCCAAGUUAUACAUGGGACAAUACCAUUUCAGGUAAUCACAACCCUGAGGCAGAUGAUGAUAGUAGCAUGUGAAAUGUCCCAAUGAUAUUUACUAAUUGUUUGUGUGAUGCUAUAUAUAGCUAUUGGUAAUUAAUUACUUGGUGAUCAUUAUUAUUGCUCCGUUUUGAAUGGGCAAUUAAGUGCAUCUGUAUUGUACAAAAACUGAAUUAUAUAUAUGGUCGUGAUUUGGGUAU